CUGAAAGCUGCCACUUUGCUUAAUGAUAAGCCGGGCAUUUCUUCUAUAAAGCCUAGCUCAAUUGGUGAGGCAGUUUGUAAUAAACUGCCAAUUGAUGAUCUGGGCACUGUGAUUCGCAACAUGCAUGAUAUGGUUGAAGGGGAUGUGGUUAUUAAGGUUGGCAGUGAUGAGAAUGGCAAGAAAUUGGCUUGUGUUUGUCCGCCAAACCUGCUGCCAGGGGGUGACUACUGUGAGGGUUGGUUUCAAGCUUCAAAUUAAAAGCCAGGAAUAUCAAAUUUCUAAGGGAGAAGCUUCGAAGGAAAAGACAGGCCGAGAGAUUAAAGGAUGGGGAGAAAGGUGACCCCGGGGACGAGAACCAUUCCUCGGACCUCUAUUAAUCUUGAUGUUUAAUUUCUUGUGUGCAGGUUUGGUAUAUUUAUAUAAUUUUAUAUAUAAAUGAUGGUUAAAAUAGCAACUUGGAAUGUUAGGGGUUUUAUUCGAAUUAACCAAAUAAAAUUGUGUUGUUUUCUAGAAACUAAAAUGUCUACGGUUGGGUUUAAAAAUUAUGUUUCUAAUGUGUGGCCGGGUUGGGUGCAUGAAACUAAUUUUGACCUUUUAAAUGGUGGGCGCAUGGCUAUCAUGUGGGAUCCCAAUUUUGUGAACUGUACUUUUUUAGAAAUUGGAAAACAGCACAUGCAUCUCAAUUGCACCUGUCGGGUUAGCCAGAGUGUUUUUAUUGCCUCUUUUGUUUAUCCUUUAUACACUGUGCUUGAACGGAAAGAGUUAUGGGAACACCUAACGGAGUUGGGGGUUUCCAUAGUACACCCGUGGUUAAUUAGUGGUGAUUUUAAUUGUGUGUGUGCGCCAAAUGAAAGGGUGGGUCCGACCCCCCCCCCCCCCCGACGGCGUACAUGAUGCAACAUUUGUAUGAUUUCAUGCUCUCGAC